UGUACGUACUUGCCAUUCAGGGUGCACUUUGAAUAAGGAAGAUGGCGGCUGCAGCAGUGGUCGAGUUUCAGAGAGCUCAGUCUCUCAUUAGCACGGACCGAGACGCCUCCAUCGACAUCCUGCACUCGAUAGUGAGGCGAGACGUCCAGGAGAAUGAUGAAGAAGCAGUCAGGGUCAAAGAGCAGAGCAUCCUGGAGCUGGGGACUCUGCUGGCCAAGACGGGACAGGCGGCAGAACUCGGCGGUCUCCUGAAAUUUGUGCGGCCGUUCCUGAUCUCCAUCAGCAAGGCCAAAGCGGCCCGGCUGGUGCGCUCGCUGCUGGACUUGUUCCUGGACAUGGAGGCGGCCACGGGCCAGGAGGUAGAGCUGUGCCUGGAAUGCAUCGAGUGGGCCAAGGCCGAGAAGAGGACCUUUUUGCGGCAAGCUCUCGAGGCUCGACUGAUCUCGCUCUAUUUUGACACCAAGAGGUACCAGGAGGCCUUGGCGCUCGGGUCGCAGCUGCUGCUGGAGCUGAAGAAGAUGGACGACAAGGCCCUGCUGGUGGAAGUGCAGCUGCUGGAGAGCAAGACCUACCACGCCCUCAGUAACCUGCCCAAGGCCCGCGCCGCGCUCACCUCGGCGCGCACCACCGCCAACGCCAUCUACUGUCCUCCCAAGCUGCAGGCGGCGCUCGACAUGCAGUCAGGGAUCAUCCACGCGGCCGAGGAGAAGGACUGGAAGACGGCUUACUCCUACUUCUUCGAGGCUUUCGAGGGCUGCGACUCCAUCGACAGCCCGCGAGCCAUCACGGCCCUCAAAUACAUGCUCCUCUGCAAGAUUGUCCUCAACUCACCAGAGGAGGUACAAGCUCUGAUAAGCGGGAAACUGGCCCUCCGGUACACCGGACGCCAGACAGACGCACUGAAAUGCGUGGCCCAGGCCAGCAAGAACCGAUCGUUAGCAGACUUUGAAAAGGCCCUCACAGAGUACAGAGCGGAGCUGCGGGACGACCCCAUUAUCAACACACACCUGGCCAAGCUGUACGACAACCUGCUGGAACAGAACCUCAUCCGGGUCAUCGAGCCCUUCUCCAGAGUGCAGAUAGAACACAUAUCAGCUCUUAUCAAACUCUCAAAGGAAGCUGUAGAGCGCAAACUAUCGCAGAUGAUUCUGGAUAAAAAGUUUCACGGAAUCCUGGACCAGGGGGAAGGGGUGCUGAUCAUCUUCGAGGAGCCACCCGUGGACAAAACGUACGAAGCCGCCUUGGAAACCAUUCAGAACAUGAGCAAAGUGGUCGACUCGCUUUACAACAAAGCCAAGAAGCUGACAUAGGUGAGCGACGUGUUCAGAAAAAGCAGACCUGCGGCCGUGGCCUGGAGGAAGCGUGCGUGUGUGUUUGAGCAGCUUAUGUAACAUUUGAAGACUGGGACAAGGGAGAAAAUGACAAAAGUGCAGUGAACAAGAUCCCCCCUACCACCCAUCAGACACACCUCAGCUCUCCCCCUCAAUGGACAGUAUCACAUUUCUGUGUGUGUUUUUUUGUUUUUUUCCUGGCCCUAUUAUUUUGAUAUCUCAUUUAAACACAGCGGCCAAGGCAGGCCAUCAGGGAAUCUUAUUGUACCACCACAGUAAAAAGAUUAAAAUGAAGAACAGUACAUACCAGUUCAACCUCUUCAGCCUUCAAUCUCUGCUCCCAAAAAAGCAGAAACGACACUCCCCCAGCCCCCUUUUGAUUGUUCAUGUGGCUUUCAGAAGCACACUUAACCAUUCGGGAAGGUUGGAAAUUUGGUUGUACCCCCUCAUUCAUAUCAAUGCCAACAGUCCCCAGUCCCCACUGUAUUUCAGAAGUUUAUUAAACUCACUAUAUUUGCGUUUGGGUUUGUGUUUUUGUAAAAAAACAAA